AUGGCUUCCUCAACCACGCCCAAGCUCGACCUCGAGCAGCAGGACCCCUCGGCGCCCACCAUCCUCCCGCACCACACCGACUUCAAAGAUGACGCCGACUCGACCGACUCGAUCGUCAGCGACUACAAGCGUACCAUCCAGUCCAACCCCCUGACCCGUCGCUUCGACACCCUCGCUCAAAAGCUGGCGCGCUUUCACGUUGAGUCCGUCUCCAUCCGCCCCCUCUCCCGGUCCGAACAGACCGGCACAGACUGGUGGAGUGUCGGUCUCAUCUGGUUCUCAUGCAACGUCAACGUCCUCUCCUUCUCCGCCGGCACCCUCGUCUCGCUCCUCGAGAUGGAUAUGAAAUCUGCUCUAUUGACGACGCUCUUCGUCGGCGGGUUUUGCUGUCUCUUCCCAGCCUACUUUACGACGUUCGGUCCCAAAUUGGGGAUGAGGCAGAUGAUCCACUGUCGCUAUUCGUUCGGGUAUUUUGGGGCGAGUCUGAUCUGCGUUUUGAACGCAGCGAGUAUGUUGGGGUAUUGCAUUCUCAAUUCGAUUGUGGGGGGUCAGACGUUGUCGGCGGUGUCAUCGAGGGGGGAUGGAUCGUCGACGUUGACGCCGGAUGUAGGGAUCGUGGUGGCAGCGGCGAUUGCGUUGGUGGUGUCGUUCAGCGGGAUUCGGGUGCUGCACUACUUCGAGCGGUUUUUCUGGUUGCCCACGCUCAUCUGCUUUCUCAUCCUCAUCGGUGUGGCCGGUACGGGACCGACGGCACUUCACGUCGCACCCAAUCAACCUACCGCCACCGCAGCAUCCAUUCUGGGUUUCGCAGCCAUCAUCGCCGGCUUUAUCAUCUCUUACUCGGCUCUCGUGUCCGACGUAUCGCACUACCUUCGUCCCUCCACCAGCUCGCACAAGUUGUUCUGGAGCGUGUAUGCUGGAUUUUUCCUCUCGUGCGUACCGUUCAUCAUGAUCGGUGCAGCCUUCGCCUGUUCCUCGUACGACAACCCAGCGUGGUCCGAAGCGCUCUCCGUCUCUUCGGGUCAAUUCUUCCAGCUCAUCCUCGCCGGAAAACUCGGCAACUUUGGUCGAUUCCUCGUCGUCCUCCUCGCCCUGUCCGUUUGUGGCAACAUCUCAGCAACCAUCUACAGCAUCGGAUUGAACUUUCAAACCAUGCUACCCUUCCUCGGACCCAUCCCGCGGUUCGUUUGGCCCCUGUUUGCUACGGCGAUUUUCUUGCCGCUGGCGAUCGUCGGACACGAUAAGUUCUACGAGACGCUGACGGAUUUUACUAGUGUGCUGGGGUACUGGGCGAGUUUGUAUGUCGGCGUGGUGUUCGCUGAUCAUGUCAUCGUGCGUAGGCGAGAUUUCGAUAGCUACAAUGCGAAGGAUUGGAAUCAGUGGGGAAGGCUGCCACCGGGGAUUGCGGCACUAGGGGCGUGUGCGAUUAGUUUGGCGGUGGUAGUGCCCAGCAUCAGCCAGGUCUGGUUCACAGGACCCAUCGCAGCGAGGAGUGGCGAUCUGGGUUUCGAAACCGGUCUCGUGGCCAGCGUGGUGGUGUACGUGCCGCUCAGGAUGCUAGAGAAGAAGGUGUUCGGGCGAUAG